AUGAUAGUGCUGGUGGUGGCCAUGUGCAUGAUGAGCCUGGCCACAUGGUUCCUAUACGGGACUUACGUACCGGAAUUCGAAGUCACCUCCCUUAGGGUCUCGAAUUUCACCGCCACCAACACAACCCUCAGGGGUACGUGGAAUGCUGACGUCAUCGUGUACAACCCGAACGAGGAGCUGGCGGUUGACUUUCAAGGCAUCAGGUCUUUGGUGUUCUACAGGGUGUCGCGGCGGCAGAGGCGGACGAGGAGAGGGUGGUCAAUGUGGGGACUAGCUAAUAAUAAUAACGAUAAUUUGCAUGGCGUGGUUUUGCCGGCUCUUGCUCGGGAUUGGAGCAAUGGGGCGGUGGUUUUCAGCUUGAGUAUUGCUCUGGAUGCUAAACUAGAGUCCCCGCAUCAGGUUUAUAGACAGGAUAGUUUGAGAGUUUCGUGCGAUGAUUUGGAGGUUAGGUUUAUGUCGGCUGACGUGGAUGAAGGGAGGUUGAGUCGAGGGUUGGGGGCGCCAUGUUUGAUACGUAUACGCGAUAGGCAGAUUGACUACACCUUCUCUUACACGCGGUUUAUGAUUCUUUUCAACUCUGGGUUUAGGGGACUACCCAGGGCCGACCCUGAGGGCAAGCGGCACAUGUGA